AGCAGUUUGUCUACAUUCGGCUUCCGUACAAGGGACUAACGACCAUGCUCGUUUGUAGCUGCAGUUAUGCUAUUGCUUUUUAGUUAUUUCAGUAUGUAGCAACACAUGGAGGAGUCGUGUCAAAAUACAUAAUUACAACAAAGUUUAAAGUACUUUUACAACUAUAUAAUGGCUGGAAGUCGUCUUGAAAAGUUCGGCACAGUUUUUACACGGGUGCGAGACUUGAUGCGAGCAGGUGUCUUGAAAGAGAAGGACAAGCCAAUUUGGUACGAUGUAUAUGCCGCCUUUCCGCCCAAGAGGGAGCCGCUGUAUGUAAAACCUCGGACCAAGGUAUAUGGAAAACAGGCGGCGGAUACCGUGCCCGACAUAUUUUACAAAGAGGACGCAAUCAGAGCAAAAUUUUUUGAGGUGUACGGGAAUGGGCCCAGGGCUUUUGACCUCAGCAAAGGCAACUUUGUGUCAACCUGUCAAAGGUUCAUUGAGAAAUACCAGGAGCUGGAGGCCCAGGGGCUGCAGGACGAGGACGCUCUGUUUGAGGAGACAGGGAGAGCGCUCCUCUCUGAAGGCCUCAUUCUGCGACGGAGGGGAGGAGCCACCAUCAGCGCCGAAUGAGAAAUUACGUUAAUUAUUCCACAACGAUGGGCUAGAAACGAUAUUAAUUAUUCCAUAACGGUGGGUUAUGAGUCAGAAAUUAUAUUAAUUAUUCCAUAACGAUGGGUUAUGAGUCAGAAUUUAUAUGAAUUAUUCCAAAAUGAUGGGUUAUGAGUCAGUGGGGCAAUUCCAUCGGUUCUGCUACUCCAGACUCAUGAUUUGACAUUUGGAAUCUGAGAGCAGCCGUCGCCAGAUGUUUUAAGACUGUAGUUCACGCCAAACAAAUUUUCUUCCUAAAAACCUGGGUAAAACAUUCUGAAGUGCUGAUGGCUUUUUUCAUACAUCCUGGCUUGUUGUAUUCGUAAGGUUAACACUUUGCAGCGUUAGGUUUUGUGAGGGGAGUGUCCAAAACGGUAUGAACAGUUGUGGCGCAUUUUUUUUAACAAAAUAUUUUUCUGUGAGAUUGUAUUAAUAUCAAAUACAAUUCUUCCUUUUUUGAACUUGCAGCAUAGCUGUACUUGUACCUGCACUGUGCUGUCAUCUGUAAUAAAGGGGUAUAGAUCGUUUUGAAUGGCAUUGCACAUUACAUGACAAUACAGUCUUUUAGUUUCUCCUGUUCUGAGCGACAUACGGGAGUGGAGAAGGGUCAGGGUGACUCUGGAAUACAAAAAUGCCGUAUCACCAAGGGUGCACACAGGCCCCCUAAGUGUUAUGUUAACCUAACGAGCAACAAGUUGUAUUGUCACUGUGAAAUCAGCUGGUAGCUUGCUUCCCUGUUUAUGCAGGAGGCAGUGAGGCAUGUGCGGGUUGGGUGACCACUUUAACAACAUUAAAGUUUAAUAUGUCAAAAACACUUUCUCUGACGGUCGUCAGUUUUUGACAGUUUUUUUUUGACACGCUAAUAUUUCAGAAUCUCCAAAUCUCUCCAUUUGUCUGUAAAUUGCAGUCUUAAUUUGCUUGAACACACAGCAGAAUUGGUUUAAUGAGUAAUCCCAGAUUGUUCACGUUUCCUGCGUGACGUUAAUUGCUCCCGCUCGCUCUCCUGCGGCCGUUCGUGGCCGUUUGCGUGUUUGAGCUGUCAGAAUCCUGAAAGCUGGUCGGGUCAGUGUUUUUGCUAAUAUGUAGGAGAUCAUGUUUGUGUGACAGGCAUGCCUGGAAAAAAAUGAAUUAAAAUGUGUUUCAGUGGAAAAUGGGAAAAUACAUAAAAUGCCUAAGACUAUUCUUGACUCCAUAAUAUGUUUGAGAUCAUUUGAAAAUAAUAAAAAUAAAAUAUUUUUUAUUAUAAA